AUGAUAAGGAUACGUAUUAUUGAGGAUCGAGUUAUAUCCAAUAAAGAUGAAAGACGUCUUGGUGACUUGGACGUGGUGGUCCCAUACCAGCCGAACGAACUGCGCAUCGUCAAUCGAACAGCUACAACCAUCAGCCUCAACUGGGCCCCCCCAAGACCUCUUGACAAUUACCAAGAGCCAUUUAUCAGCUACGAGUUGUACUGGAAUGACACAUAUUUAAGGUGGGUCUUUUUCUCCAUCAGCUUACAGUGGCUGGCGGGACGUAGUGACCUGUGGUUGGCAGCCAUGGCUCCGGUCGAACAAGCAACUCUUCGCCCCAUCGUCUACUACGACUUCCUCCAAGGACACUCUGCUAGAGCCGCCGCGGACAACAUCUGCGCUGCAUUCGAGGGCAAAAUCGUCCACUAUUCCACGGUGUCUCGAUGGUUGAAACGUUUCGAAUCUGGCGACACGACCUUCGGAAAUCGACCACGCUCAGGACGUCCAUCUACAGUCGAUGACGAAGCUCUGCGGAACGCCCUCAACGCGAAAAGCCGAACGCCACCACUCGCGAAUCGGCGACUACACUUGGAGUCACCCAUAGGGCCAUCGGCAACCGAAGUCCACCAUAGAAGCAUUAUGGCCCUUGGCACGGGCACGCAGGAGUACGUCUUGACUGACCUAUACCCAAACAAUGAGUACCAAAUAUUGAUUUCAGCAAAAAGCAGAAGGGGUGAAGGUGUACCGACUUUUCCACUGAUCGUCUCAACAGAAAAUUAUGUGCCGAGUGAGCCACGUGAAAUAAAGGUGACGGCGGUGAACUUCACUUCUAUAUUAGUGGAAUGGAAACCUCCCAGGCAAGACGGGCAUCACAAGUUCAUUGUGGGAUACAAGAUUAAUAUCCAUGGGGGACAUGUUGGGGACAAGACCCUUCAUUGGAAACCACAGUCUUCUCUUGUCAUGAAAAGUUCUGUCCUAACUCAUUCAGUCACGAAUCUCCAGCCGAAUUCAACAUAUCAGGUUCAAGUGGCAGCAAUGACAAGAAACGAGGAAUCUUCUACAGUGGCCAUUAAUGCAACAUGGACUAAUCCCUCCGGGACUUAUGGACAAACUAAAGGGUGGCGCAUACGCUAUGGAACGCGACCCACUUACUGCGUAAAUAUGGGACACAAGGAUCUUGAAGAACUCAAUAUGAAAGAGAUCAUCUUGAAUGGAUCUGAGAAAAACGAGAUUACCGUGCAUGGCCUUGAGAAAGGAUUCAAGUAUGAGUUCCGAUUGGCUGGCGGUAAUGAUAUUGGCUAUGGUCAGGAAGCAUUUACUGAAUUCACAACACCCGAAGGACCUCCUACUAGCCCUCCCACAAACAUCUCCUUCAACUUCAUCACUUCAAGCAUCAUUAUGCUCAAGUGGGAUGUCCCAGAGUCCUCCCGUUGCCAUGGCCGCAUCCUCGGCUACACUCUUCGGUUCAUUAAGAAAAUGGAUGAGAGCCUCAUCUUGGAAAGAAAUAUGUCAACCCCAAAGAUGGUAAUGACGGGGUUGGAAGAGGACACUUCGUACUACUUCCGGAUAAGUGCCAAUACCAUAGGAGGCAUUGGUCCUUUCUCAGAGAGGAUGUACUUGACGACAAUUCCUGAAAUUGUUCGUGCUGUCCGUAAUGUUCGGGCUAAGGCAACUUCAAAUGAUUCUUUGGAGGUCUGGUGGGACGAUACUCCACGAAGAAGCAUUGUCGGAUUCAGGAUCUACUAUACCAGGAAUGAAGCAGAUGAUCUGGACCUAUGGGCACACAAAGAUGUCCAGGCCACGUAUUCAGCAGAGCUUAAACAUCUGGAACACUUCGCCAUCUACUACAUUCAAGUGUCUAGCCGAACGAAGGAAGGGCACUUGGGGCAGCUAUCAAAGAUGAUCCAGGUAGAAGUGAGACCACAAGAUGUUCCCAAACAUGUGCAGCCUAGCAAAACAUAUCCAUUCUACGAUGACGAUGGGGAAUGGAUGAAGACGGAGGAACAAGGGAGAUCCUCUCCAGAAAUAUACGUCUCAUGGGAAGGCCCGAAUGCUUUCGAACCUCUCUAUUACAAGGUUCAAUAUGGGUCAUUAUUCCAUCCCAUCCCAGGUAGCACACAUCAAUAA